CAUGAAUAGUGACUAAGGUUACACAGUUACACACUCACACCUAGGAUUGUCGGUCCGCUUUUACGAAUACCUGGGAUGACAGUCGGUUGAAAGGACAACAAACGCGACUGUUGGUUUUAAUGGAGUUUUGAUAAACAAGACUUCUCUUAUCUUCACGUUGGAUUGCCUUUGGGAGGUGUACAUUGUAGUGACUAGGUUUUAUAAGCGUAGAAUUAGAAAGAGCAAAAGAUUUUUUAACAAACUAAUCAUGCCUACCCAACUUGCGUCAGAUGUAGAAAUUCCAGAAAUUCGCGUUAAAACCGCAUACAAUGGGGAGAUUAUGAUUACAUACAUAGAUCCUCAUGUAACACUAGAUCAGCUUUGCCAAGAAAUGCGCGAUAUAUGCCGCUUUAAUCAGGAACAGGUUUUCACAAUGAAAUGGGUGGAUGAAGAUGGUGAUCCUUGCAUUAUCUCGACACAAAUGGAGUUGGACGAGGCCAUCCGGCUUUAUGAAAUAAACAAAGACACGGAGCUCACCAUUCACGUUUUUCCCAAUGUGCCACCAGCGCCAGGAAUGCCAUGUCAGGGCGAAGACAGGAGCAUUUACCGCAGAGGAGCAAGACGAUGGCGGAAGCUUUACAGGGUCAACGGCCACAUAUUCCAAGCUAAGAGGUUCAACAGACGAGCCUUCUGCGCUUUCUGCCAAGACAGAAUAUGGGGUCUUGGUCGGCAGGGUUUUAAAUGCAUACAGUGCAAGUUGUUAGUGCAUAAAAAGUGUCACAAAUUGGUUCAGAAACCUUGUAGCAAUGAAGCGGUCGAGCCCAUCAUCAAAGAUGAGUCCAACGGGGACACCCCGACUAUCAGCACUCCCAUCAUGGACCAUCAGACCGACCUCAAAGACUUUCCUGAACCUCCCAUGGACCUCACUUCGGAUUCCGUGCCGAUUGAAGACCCAUCGAAACCUGAUGACAGCUUGGAACCGGGUUCUCAAAGGCAGUACUCCAUUGCUGAUUUCGAACUGAUCAAGGUUAUUGGAAGAGGUUCUUACGCCAAAGUAUUAAUGGUAGAGCUAAAGAAAACUAGAAGAAUUUAUGCUAUGAAAGUCAUUAAAAAAGCUUUAGUGACUGACGAUGAGGAUAUCGAUUGGGUUCAGACUGAAAAGCAUGUCUUCGAAACAGCUUCAAACCACCCGUUCCUGGUCGGUCUUCAUUCGUGUUUCCAGACGCCGUCUCGCCUCUUCUUUGUGAUAGAAUUCGUAAGGGGCGGAGACCUGAUGUUCCACAUGCAACGGCAGCGCAGGCUUCCCGAGGAGCAUGCAAGGUUCUAUGCCGCUGAAAUUAGUUUAGCGCUCAAUUUCUUACACGACAAAGGAAUCAUAUACCGAGACUUGAAAUUGGACAAUGUUCUUUUGGACCAUGAAGGCCAUAUCAAACUGACGGACUAUGGUAUGUGUAAAGAAGGAAUAAGGCCUGGCGAUACUACAGCAACAUUCUGCGGUACACCCAAUUAUAUUGCUCCAGAAAUUCUCAGAGGAGAAGACUACGGAUUCAGUGUUGAUUGGUGGGCCUUAGGAGUUCUCCUUUACGAGAUGCUUGCUGGAAGAAGUCCGUUUGAUAUUGCUGGAGCUUCUGAAAACCCAGAUCAAAAUACGGAAGAUUAUUUAUUCCAAGUCAUUCUGGAAAAGACCAUCCGUAUUCCCCGUUCGCUGUCGGUAAAAGCUGCCUCCGUACUUAAAGGGUUCCUCAAUAAAAAGCCCGAGGACAGGCUUGGCUGCUGCAGAGAGUCUGGCUUUAUGGAUAUAGUGAACCACCCGUUCUUCAAAAGCAUCGAAUGGGAAACGCUGGAGCAGAAGCAGGUGACGCCCCCGUACAAGCCGAGGUUGGAUUCGGAUCGAGACCUGGCCAACUUCCCUCCCGAAUUCACAGACGAGCCGGUCCACCUGACUCCGGACGAUCCGCGUGUGAUCGAGAAGAUAGACCAAAGCGAGUUCGAAGGGUUCGAGUACGUAAACCCGUUGUUGAUGUCCCUGGAGGACUGCGUGUGACAAGAAUGCUGGGAGGACCCAGUGAUCGAGUUCAGGUCCAUCCUGUUGCCUCGGUCGCCAGAACGACCAUCCUCGAGGUCCGGCCUACUCUCAUGCCUAACACUCCGAUAGACAUCACCGUCAAAGAGAACAAAAAUAACGUCAAAAAAUCAUGCUCAACACAUACUCCGAUCGCAGUCAAAAAAUUAGGUGGUACGAAAAAAAAGCAAAAAAAAAGCAACGCUCGAUAACGAAAGAAAAAUAUGACGCACCUGUUCAGUUUUUAACAUUAGUGGGUUUUGUUUUCGUUAAAUAGCAUACGUCGAAUAUGCAGCACUAAAGUGUAACUGUGAUUAUAUGAACAAAAACCCGAAACCCUUUGGGUUGACCUAUUUGAAUAAUCCUAUUAUACUGUCCCUUGACCCCUUAAGGGUCCGCAAUAGUAUCUUAAUUCUCGGAUCUUCGCCUAUGUAGUCGAUACUGAUAUAACAUAACCCAUUAAAAAAAUAAAAUAAAAAUAAAAUAAAAAAGUAAUAAGUAUUAGUGAACUAUGAAUAAAACGGACGACUUUCAUAAAUAUAUAUAUUAUACAUAGAGGGCUAAAAUUUAUUGCCAAUAUGCUAUAUUAAAAAAUAAUAUACUGUAGUAUAAGAAAAAAAUUAUAAAGAAAAAAUGCACUCUAUUAAAACUUAUCGAAAGGCACGUUUUAUUUUGUAUUCUUUUUUUAUAUUAUUUUCUGUUAUCUUGAUUUUUUUAAAGAAAUAAUAUUUUUAUUUCCAAAUUAAAAUAGUUAACUUAUUGUUGUUUUAUUUUGAGACCACGUAAAUUAUUGUAUCUUCUUCUGUGCUUCCAACUAGUGAUUUGUUUUUAAAUUUUUUUUUUAAAUUUAAAAAGCUUGUAAAUUAUUUUUGUUAUUUUCUAAAAGCGGAACUUUCUUCCAUUUGGAAACGAAAUUUAAAAAAAAAUCCUUGGCGAAAUGGACGUAAAUAUUUAAGGACUGCAAUGCCUAAUCCAAAAAGCCGUUCAUUUAGGUAAAACUAAGUGCCAUUCUUACAUCCCCAACAUUCCUGGAAAUUUUAAACGAAGAACUACAUCCUCGCACUGCGUCUUUUAAUUUAUUCGAGCCAUUUAAAAAAACAAAAACAUCUACGAUCGCGAGCAUAAAAUUUAUGAGCGGUCGUAAUAAAAAAAAAAUAUAUAUAAAAACAUUCCAGUCACAAAUGGUCAAUUUAUUAAAGAACGCGAUGUCCAAUUCUUUAAAAUUUUCACCCCAUUUUUUUAAAAUUUUUAUAGUUAGUUCCAACUUCUUUAAAUUUCCAAAAUUAUAUUUGUAGAAAAGUAUGUACAAAAACGGCGAUUUAACCAGGAUUAAAUAAUAAAAAAUAAAUCGGUCGAAUCAUGUAUAGAAGUUUUUAUUUAUCGCUUUCUAUACGUGUAUAUUACCUUGUAAAUACCAGCGUAUUUGAAUGUAAAAACAAAAAAAAUUAGUGUAUGUUGAAUUGUACCGGCGAAAUUUGUACAAAUUAAAAAAAUAAAUAAUAGAAAUUUCAGGAAUUUAUUGAUUGAUGCGGGGAUCGCCCUUCUGGCAAGUGUGUCUAUGUUUGAUGAGAGGGAAAUUUUUUUAUGCUUAGUUAUGAUAGUUAUGCUUCGUCUAAUCAACCAUCACUGUUUUCAUUUUUUCUUAAUAAUUAACUAAUUUAUCGGUAGAAUUAUAAGGUCAGUAUUAAGUUAAAAUUUUAUAUAUUUCUUUCUUUUCAAUUUAGAUUGUAUAUUUUACGUAUUCAUUUUUUUGUUUCUUUGUAUACAUUAAGUUAAAACUUUCUUAAUUUGUAUUGCCCCAUGAAAAAAAAAAUGAAAAUAAA